CAUCAUGAAAAGCAGUGAGGGAUUGUGUGUGGUGAUGGACUCACUCCACAUUAUUUGUUUUCUCCUCCUCCUCCUCCUACUACUUUCGCUUUAACUGAUUUGAUCGAUUGUUUGUGCCGUUCAAUCUACCUGUCUUGAUGCGCAACGGCCGUAACCGGCGGGUAUUUCACCUCAGAAGCAACGAUGGCGGAAACUUGGAGGCCAAUAUCACUCCGAUUGUCUUAAUUUCCGGCUUCAUGGCCGCCACCGGUGGGCUCUUGUUCGGUUACGACAUCGGAGUUUCAGGUGGACUGACAACGAUGACGCCAAUCUUGAAGAGGUUCUUCCCGGUGGGGUACAAACGGACGUUGAGAGAGAAAGGGCGGUACGGUAAUUACUGCCAAUACGACAACCAGUGGCUCCAGCUGUACACAUCGUCUUUGUUCCUAGCAGGGAUGGCAGCGACAGUCGUUGCAGCUUAUACGACAAGAAAAUUUGGCAGAAGAAUGAGCAUGCUCUUAGCUGGCAUCUUCUCUCUCUGUGGAACUGCGUUUAGUGCAGCUGCUCAAGACCUCCCCAUGCUCGUCAUUGGCAGACUCUUGCUUGGUUGUGGUAUUGGCUUUAGUAACCAGGCUGUGCCAGUGUUCCUUUCUGAAAUUGCACCGACAAGAGUGCGCGGAGCAAUGAAUAUAUUGUUUCAUCUCAAUGUCACUAUUGGCAUUCUCUUUGCUAACCUCGUUAACUAUGGCACCAUCAAGAUAAAAGGUGGAUGGGGAUGGAGAGUAUCGCUGGGAGUGGCAGGAGUACCGGCGGUGCUGAUUACGACAGCGGCAUUGCUGGUGGCGGACACUCCGAAUAGUCUGAUAGAGAGAGGACACGUGGAAGAAGGAAAAGCUAUGCUGAGAAAACUCAGAGGUACAGAAGACGUAGAGGAUGAGUUCAUAUAUUUGCUUCAGGCAAGCUAGGAGGCCAAUCAGCUGAACCAUCCUUUCUGCAACCUCUUCACUUGCCAGAACCGACCUCAACUUAUCAUCGCCGUCGCUCUUCAGGCGUGAAGGUAACAAAGUAGCUGAUUUGUUGGCUACUGGUGCUUGUAAAGAUGUGUAGUACCUUUUGGGGUGGAUGUCAACAGCUCCAGUUCCUUUGCUUAAUUUGUUAGCUAUGAAUGUCAUGAGAGCUGGGUUGUCUACAGACGAGCAUCUGCAUUCAGAUGAUAGAAUGGGUGUUGGCUUAUCUCGCACUUUAGUUUCGCUGUUUGCUUCGUUUUUUUGAUUUCGGCUUUGUUGUUAAUUUGUUGUUUGUUUUCAUUUGGUUAUUUGCUUUUGGACUUUCAUUGUUGCCGUGACUUUUAUUAUGGAGAAUGAAGUGUUCAGUUGAUCCCAAAAAAAAAAAAAAUCGACCACGCUACAGCAGUGAUAUUUAAAUUUCAUGUCCAAAAAAGCAAUGGCUUCGGCACUUCAUUCAACCAUCUUUGUCAAAAUUGAUUCUGGCAAACCUAGUCAUUUUGCUGUAUGUAAAAAACUUGUUGAUCAAAAUCUGUUCCUCUUGGCAUUACAA